AGCCGAGGAAGCUGCGGGGGUACCCAGGGACCCCAUCCCGCCGCCGCCACCCCCCGGUACCCCGCAACGGCGGGGAGGGACCGGCUCCCUCCCCCCGCCCCUCCCCACCGCCCUCCCCCGGGCUUUUAUAAGGCCGCGGAGUUUCCGCGUCCUGUGACUGCAGUCAGGUGGUUGUGGGAUUUCUCCCCUCCCUCCGGCCCGCUCCGUCUCGCCUUUCCCCCGCUCGGCGUGGGCCGGCGCAGCGGGGAGUCCGUCUGGGGAAAGUUGGAGGAAAAGUUACCGGCUGGGAAAGUUUAGAGGCGGGGGGGGGGAGCGGCGGCGCCGGCAUCCCGGCCUCCCCGCGGCGUCCCGCCGGGGCCGCGCAGCGCUCCGCUCCUCUCCGCGGGAGGCCCGAGGAUGGCCGGCGGGGAAGGAGCGGGCUCCGGCGUGCCGGAGUGCCGGGAGCAUCUCUUCAAAGUGCUAGUGAUCGGGGAGCUGGGCGUGGGGAAAACCAGCAUUAUCAAGCGGUACGUGCACCAGCUCUUCUCCCAGCAUUACCGGGCCACCAUCGGGGUGGAUUUCGCUCUCAAAGUCAUCAACUGGGACAGCAAGACCCUGGUGCGGCUGCAGCUCUGGGAUAUAGCAGGCCAAGAACGCUUUGGAAAUAUGACCAGAGUGUAUUACAAAGAGGCAGUUGGUGCUUUUGUGGUCUUCGAUGUCACAAGAGGCUCCACUUUUGAGGCUGUUUCAAAAUGGAAACAUGACUUGGACAGUAAAGUACUACUUCCCAAUGGCAGCCCCAUCCCUGCUGUUCUUCUUGCAAACAAGUGUGACCAGAAGAAAGAUGGCAGCCAGAAUCCCUCUCAAAUGGACCAGUUCUGCAAAGAGGGUGGCUUUGUGGGAUGGUUUGAAACAUCUGCCAAGGACAACAUCAACAUAGAUGAAGCUGCUCGAUUCUUGGUGGAAAACAUCCUUGCCAACUACAAAACCUUUCCUAAUGAAGAAAAUGAUGUGGGAAAACCAAAACUGGACCUAGACCCAUUGAAAGCAGAGAGUAAAUCACAGUGCUGCUAAUGCUACCACUGUUCAGUAAAUGUGAUGGGAAGAGCAGUAAGACUGUUCCUUAAAUCAAACUGCUGCUAUGGUGCUGCAUUGUGACAAUCCAUAUGGGGUGUCUGGUAUUAUCUGAAUAGGUGAUUCUUGUGGGUGUUUACAUAUUCUUGUUUAGCAUGAAACUGAGUAUCUUGUGAGUUAUCACUCCACUUGCUUGAGUGGCUACACCUAAGUCUGAUUAGUGUCUUACUUGAGAACAUAAGGUAGUGUUUACACUCCUAAAAAGGAGCAAAGACAACAUUCAGUCUGCUUCUAGGACAUAUGCUACACUCCAAGUAGGACUCACUUGUCAUGGUUUUUGCUGAACAGCCACUUGCACCUUUAACUUUCCUUUGUCACCAGUAAUGUCCCACUUUAGCCUUCUCACCUACAUACUUGUCCCUAUUUAUUAUCCCCCACUAUAAGGAUCUGUCUCAUUGCUAGUGCUCCUGGAUUGAGACAUCCCAGAAAUCUUGAGGGGGCCAAUGACAUGUGUUCACUAGGGCUGAGUGACGCAGAUGGCUUUUACCUCUGAGUUAAGUAUAAUCAUUUACCCAUUUUGUUCUUAACAGGGGAAAAGGCAUGGUUACAGAGGUACUAAUGAAAAUGCAUCUCUAGCCACUUAUGGCAAAAUAUUUUCAGCUAAUACUUUACAUAUGAAACACAUUAAUGAAUACAGUUGUACUGCUGGCACAUAGUUAUGGUAACCUCACCCAUGUGCACAUCCAGAAAUAAACAUCCAGUAACUUUCAGGCACUAACACUGAAAACUUCACCAAGAGUGCAAAAAAUAAAUAUAUUGCUGUCCUGUGAUAAUGAACUUGCUUCUUUUUCCUUCUGUCUUGAUGGUUCUGAAUACCAUGAGGAAGGAGAUAGGUCUUGAAGGAAAUAGCUUAACUGGCUCUUGCUAGCCUAUCAAACACCUGCCACCCCCUGCCCCUCCCCAAGCUCUAUAUUCAAUUUUAGAACAGUGCUGCACUCUUCUGACUACUUGGAGCUGGUGAAUUGGCUUACCAGUUUGUAGCUUGGUAUACCAAGAUGUUUGUUUCCUUGUUAUAACUAGCGUAUUUUUGGCAACAAAUUAAUAUAAAAAGGAUUAGAGAUUUCAUGGUUCUUGAAUACAUUCUGGAACUCUGGCUCUGCUUGGCUGAAAGGCUUUGAAGCUCCUCUUUAUUUUAAGUGUUUCUUCUGUCCUGGUACAUCAUUGCUACUGACUUAAGAAGUCUUAUCUUGCAUGGUUUGAUGGUGCUGAUAUUUACUUAAACAUCAGCAUGAAGUAUGUGCCAGAUUGGAUAUACUUUAAUAUGUAUUGAGAUUUCCUAGGCUGUCUUUUUCCUAAAGAGUAAUGUACCUUUUAAGAGACAAAUAAAUGUAUUUGGGCAUCUUA